AUGACUUAAAUGAUUUCAGAUUAAGAAUUACUUAUAAAUCAAGUGAAAUUUAUGAAUUCAGGCAAAACAUUCAUUACUAUGGGAUAUGGUAUAAGUUUUUGGUCACUUAAUGAAAAUAGCCUUUGGGAAAGAUAAAAUAUGAUUUGUUUGGAAUAAAUAAUUUAAUUCCUAAUAUUUACAAAAGAUGAAACAAAAAUGAUAUUUUCAUAGGAAGGAUCCUUGCAUUUUUGGAAAAAAAGAAAGUCUAAUAACUUAUGGAAAACUCAUUUCUAUUUUGGUUUAAAAAAAAAGACUACGAGUUUAAGUUUAAGUAAGUCAGAGAAAGAAUUAUUAAUUGGAAUGUAGGGUUUAAUACUUAUAGCAAGAAGUUAUAAUGGUUAUAAAUGGCAUAUUUCAUAUAAGAUAAGAACAAAAUAUUCUACUCUAUGGACAAUGGUGAGUUUUUUAGAUUAAGAUAUGUUUGUAACUUAAGCUAACAAUUGUGAAAAUUUAAAACUAUAUCAAUGGAAUAGGUGGUAUAAAAAAUUGAUAAGAGUUAUUAAUUUAAAUUUAGGAAUGAAUACUGACUUGUGUCGUGAAAAUUCAAUAAGAUUUGAGUAGGAAAGUUAAUUAUUGUUUCAUAAAUUUAAUAAAACUUUACGAAUAUUUAAAUUAAAUAAUAGGGAAUUAGAUUUAUAGUAAUCAAUAAUAUAGACGAAUUGUGAAUAUAGUUUUUAUAAUUCUAGAGAUUGUAAGUUUUUAAUUGUAAGAAAUUGGAGGGGGAAAGGUUUUACUACAUGGUAUAGAUGAAAAUAUAGGGUAGUUCUAGCUUAGUGAGUUUGAUGUUUUUAGAAUGAAUAUUAUGUUUAAUAUUAGAUAUAUAUAUAGGAAUAAAUAAAAAUAAAUGAUAAAUUUAUCUGACAGAGAAAAAGAGUUGAUUGAAGAAAUAUGUGCAAAAAAUGCUAAGUCAAAUAAAAAGAGUAAUUAAAUAGAAUAGGGAAAUCAAAAAUUAGUCAGCCAAUCAAGUACUAAAAUUUUAGUGUCUCGAUUGGAACGUAAAUUGAAUGAAGUAUUUCAUAUUGCAAAUAUAGACAUUAAAAGAAGUCGAUGAAUAAAAUAGUGGUCAAAUUAAUUUCUAACAAUUAGGACGAUUAUUUACAUUGUUAGACAUAUUCCAAGCUAUCUCGUACAAUCAAGAUUAUCAGUUAGAGGCACAAGGUCUCAAUAAUCCUAUGCAAAAGUAACACCAAAUCUUUAAGGUAGACAAUAAGAAGUAGAUUUACAUGAGAAAGCAUUUGCAAUUAUUUCUAACGAUGAAGAAAAGGCUGAUAUAUAAGCAGCCUUUUGUCUUUUUAGAAUCAUCUUGGAUCCCAAUUAAUUAGAACCAUCUAAAUGUGCUAUUUUAAUUAAAGAGUAUUUAGAGAAGAUUUCUGAGAAAGAAAUUGAUUAUGAAGCAAUCUUUAAAUUUUGCUCUGAAUUUUAAGUAUAUCAAAAAACUAGAUUAUCUGGUGCUAAAAUAGGAUAUUUAAAAGCAUCUUUAGCAUAAAAUCUAAUUGAAACUUAUGAAAAGACUUUGACUUUCAAACCAACAAUCAAUCCUAUUAGUGAAGCUUUGUAAUAAUAAUCAGGUAAAAAGGAAAAUUAAGAAUCAUCAUCAUAAAUUUCAUAAGGUCUUGCUGAAAGUAGAAUUAAUGAAUUAUAUAAAAAAAAAGAAUUAUCCAAUCAAAAGAUAGAAUUUUUAAAAUAAGAAAAAUUUAUGAAAGAUAUGUAGGAAUGUACAUUUAAACCAUAAAUUAUUUCAAAAAAAGAAUUACCAAAUGUGAUCGAUAGGUUAUAUUAAGUGAAGAAUAGAUAGGAAAUAGAAGAAAGAGCUAAAUUGGCUGAACAAGAGAAAGAAGAAUCAGAAUAUAGUAAAUGUUCUUUCCAUCCUCAAAUUAAUUACUCUAUGCCUGAAUCGCAAUCAACUGGAGUAGGGGGAUAUUGGGAAGCAAUAGAAAGAAUUAGAAGAGCUAAUGAUAAAAGACAUUUAUAAGAUCUCAAAUUGAAUCAUAAACCUAGUGGAGAGAACUAUGAAAAAGUUAAGAAUCAACCAUUCUCACCUCCAGAAAUGUUAUAGAGAAGAUAAUUUAAAAAAUAAUUACCAAUCCUUUAUAUUGAUAUAAAAUUGGGACCUAGAAAGGUUGGACGAUUAGCAUUGAGAAGAAAUGAUAAUGUUGAGGAAGUAGUUUAAUCAUUCUGUAAAGUUUGGGGAGUUGGUCCAUAAGAUUAUGAAUUAUUGGUCAAUCAAGUUAAGGAAAAUCUUCAGAAGUAAAUAUUUAUUAAAUUAUUAUAGUGUCAUACAAGAAACAGAUGAGUCCCAAAUUUGAUU